AUGGCGACUUUGGACGACAGCCUUCCCAAGAAAGAAGGGCUAUACUCGGCCGAGGCAGUUGGCAGCGACAACAGCAGCGAUGCCAUCGAUCAAGAUGAAAAGGACAUGGCGAGGAUGGGCAAGAAGCAGGAGUUCAAGCGCAACUUCAACUGGAUCAGCAGUGUCGGCUUCACCUCAUGCACAAUGGGCACUUGA